GAAACUCCAAUGGCUUUCCUUUUCCUCAACUUCCUUGUCUUCCUCUCAAUGUUUCUACUGUGCUUUGUUCGUUGUGAACCCACUCCUUUGCUUCCCCCUUUCAACAUAUCCCAACCCGACCUUCUGAAAUACUUUGGGCUGAACAACUUCGGCAAUAUCCUCCCUGCUAUGUAUGUUUUCGGCGACUCUUACAUAGACGCCGGAAACAACAACUACUUGAAAACAAUCGCCAAAGCCAACUACCUUCCUUAUGGCAUAGAUUUUGCAGGAGGUCAACCAACUGGUCGUCUCACCAAUGGGAGAACCGCCGCUGAUUUUAUAGCUCAACUAGCUGGACUGCCAUUUCCUCCCCCUAUGCUAGGGAUGUCUGCUGCCGAAAAAGAGAAUACUCUCACUGGAGUCAAUUACGGCUCUGGUUCUAGUGGGAUACAAGCUCUUCCUCCUACUGUAGCACCAAUAUUUGGGCAUGUUCUGCGCUUUGAGGAACAAAUAAAUUUGUUCAAGGAGACAACCAACAGCAUGAGGAGUCGAUUUGCCAGCCUUGAGAGCUUAGCUCUCUACAUGUCCAAGUCAUUGUUCUUCAUCCAUAUAGGGAGCAUGUUGAGCAAUGACUUGGGCGUAUAUUGGGAGAUUGGACAAAGAGAUGCAUUCUUUUCGAAUGCAACCGAAUAUGCUCUUGGGUUGUCAAAGAAUUUGUCUCGUGGAUUGGAGGAAAUUUAUGAACUGGGAGCAAGGAAGUUCCUGGUAAACAAUGUCCCUCCAAUGGGGUGCUGGCCUGCCAAUGUCAACAGCCACAAGCCCAACACCUCUUGUGUCGAAGAUAUCAACCAAAGGGUAUCUUACUACAAUGGAGUGCUUCCCAACAUGUUGAAAAACUUGGAAGCAUCCUUGAAGGGGUCUACUUUUGUGGUUUGUGACCUAUACCGGCUGUUUGGAGAUGUUUUUUCCCAGCCCGCUGCCUAUGGGUUUUGGAAUGUCAGUGGUUUUUGCUGCCCCGAUUCAGCAGGGAAUGGCACAAGAGAAUGUGCUAAAGGUGGUGUUCCCUGCAUGGAUAGAGAAACCAUCCUCUUCUUCGACCCAGUCCACCCAACUGAGAGAUUCCAUUUCCACUGGGUUCGAUCCUUCUUGCUGGAGGACUCCCUCUGCUCCCCUUACAAUUUGUUAGAGUUAAUACAACUUUAG